AUGAUGAGUAUCUACACUGGGCCCUUUUCGAGUUACCAGACUGCGACAGUUACGUUGUCCACAGGUCCUGACGGCGACCUUUGGAUCUUAGCUUCUACCCCAUUUACAACUCGCACCACCCAUGGAUCCACAGCAACGCCUAGCAACCUGCGCAACGCGACUGGUUGGCAGGCUCCUCCCGCCGGCCGGGGCACCUUCGGGAUCGUUGCAUCUUGCUUGACAACAUUGAUCUUAUGCAUAUGGACUGUCGUACACCUUAACGUCCCAGCCCUGAUAUCUGACAAUUCAAAUUUGUUCGCUCGAACAUCUAGGUUCCGGGCCUCGCCGUCAUGGGUACAAGCCGCUCUGCGACCGUUUUCGCACAAGGCUAAAUGGCUACUGGUUGGCCUUCUUGCGCCGGAGCUCAUGGUUUACGUCGCAUGGCGCCAGUGGCUAUUGGCAAGGGACUUUCACAAGAAGAUGUCGGAUCGUAUCAAAAAGCUCGAUAUGCCAUUUCAAUGGACUAUGACUCACAACUUCUUCUGCGUUAUGGGGGGCUUCGCAGCUUGCUACCCAAGGGGGGCUCGGGAGGAUUGCGUCACGCUGACGACCACUGGGAUUCUCUACCACUUCGACGAAGGAAAGCACGAGGACUUCCAUGUGUCAGAGACUUCGAUACGAGACCGCAGCAAAGCAGACUAUUUGGCGAAGACAUUGGUAUGUAUUCAGGCUGGGUGGCUGCUUAUUCAAUCGGCAGGCCGCCUCGCUGACGGGUUGCCGCUGACUCCUUUGGAAGUCAACACCAUAGGCCAUGUCUUUUGCGCAUUUUUUAUGUACUAUUUCUGGCUUAACAAGCCACUUGAUGUGUCGGAGCCAACGCAAAUUAAGGCAGAGUGGUUGGCGAAUAAUCCUGUCUACUGGAUCGAGAUUCUGCGGAGACGACGAGCUCUUGAAGAUGUCGUGUCUCAUUCGCUGUCCACUACGACGGGCUCGCAGGGUGCAUUGGGCCGGAAGGAUAAGCCACUUGAAAGAUCCGAGCUUGACCUAUUCAGGUCUUUCUUUAAGUCCCAGGAAAUCGCUGCAAGGCAGAAACCGAUGACUAUGAUCGAAAAGGCCCCGCUGAAAUCGGAGCUACUGGAGUAUCCUUCUAACGAGUUGAAUAUCGUGCUGACAACGUCUAAGCAACCAAACAGGCAGGAAGUGCAGGGGGCAUUUGGUCCAUAUUUGUUGGUAGGAUCCGCGAGACUCUAUGUCGGAAAGGGUCCACAUCACGUUCAAGACCUUCUCCCGGAGAUUGCCGACAAGGGCGAUCAAUACCUCACAGGAGCUGUCUCUCGGAAGUUGGCUUCGUCUAAGUUACGAAACAACCCGUUUUCGGCGAUAGGAAUUGGAGAGCGCACCUGUUCUACGAUCAAUGCGCUCCUGCGAGAAAUUCACGACGGUCGUUUCAUGCUUGGCACACCGUCAGCACCCGUUCGGCUAGCUGUGUUAUUGAUCGAUGAUGCAGGCGUUCGCCGCUGGCGGCAUGCUCAGGAAUCUCUUGCACGGACAAAAUCAGGGCUGUCCUUGUCAGAGCCAUCUCGUGAUGCCUCUGAUCGUCGAUUCGAACCAAGGGCGUUGAACUGGCCAAGUGAAUCGUUGGAAAGCAGCCGCAAAGGGCGCUUCUUAUUAUUCGUCGGGAUCGCAUUCGCUACCGCGCUAUACGGAGGCCUCCAUAUAGCUGCCUGGAAGACAUACAUGCCGUCCAGCUCGGAACAUUUUAUUUGGCGGAUAUCGGCAUUGAUCGUAGCUGGUACAGGGUUUCUGAUGGUGCUGGUACUUAUCAUCAGACGAGUAGCUAUGUCCGUCGCUUCCUUCAUUUGGCGUUGGAUUUGUACGCCCCUCAUUGUAGCAAUAUUUGUCACGAUGGAGCUCCUCCUAGCAUGGAUCCCGAAGCAGAUCUGGCACUGCAUCAGCUCUGCUGUCGUACUGGUGCUCCACCUCUUCAAGUGCUGUCGGCCGAUUGCCAGCGAUCUCGAUCCUGAAAACACCGAAGACUUAUCCGCGAAACCUCCACGAACAUCCACAAGGGUUCUAAAUGAUAUCACGCCAAAGGUGACAAGACUUCUUCGAGAGCUGGGGCCAGACGAGCGAUCUACGGCUGCCUCAUCAAAGGUCAGGCAAAGGUUUGAGAAGAAUUUCCAUGCAUCCACUCACGAUCGACGUGACUCUGCCGCUCACUCGCCAACGCGCACAGGUGAGAACGCAGACGCCGAGGCCCCAAGGAUGUCCGGGGCACUUGUAACGCCUUUCAGACGCGAUAGAGAUGAGCAGCCCGAAUCAGAUUUCUCCAAGCCAAUCGAUCCGUGGCCUGAGACUUAUCCAGCGAACGCAUGCACCUACCCACAAUACGCUACUAAUCCCGAAAACAUCCAGGUGAUUAUGCUUGGUCAAUCUCAGUCAGAGUCCGGUCCGGCAGCGGAUCAAAAUCGACAUCUGGACACAGUCCAGUCUGGAAGGGAUCGCUCAGGUGAUGAACGAGAUCUGGUCAUUGACAGUACUCAUGCAAACUUGACAAUGAGUGAAGUGGUCGGUCCAGGCAGUAACUCGCGACUGCAGUACAUGGAGGAGGGCAUGUACGGCGCACCGACCCUUGAUGAGGAAACUCCAAAAGCCCUGCCGCUUGCGACAGAUCCUCAUGUCCAGGGAGGGGGGAAUAAAGCCUCAUCUUCGCCAGCUUCUCGCUCUUCCAAGGCCCUAUCCGAUGCUGAAACUUUCACAACGGCUCCUGAGGCAGCAAGUACGAAAAUAUCCAUCCAUAAACCGUUAUCACGCCGGUCCCCGUCACAGUAUUCAGGGGCGCCAAUGCCGUCAGAAUCUUCAGAGCAGGGACGUCUGCUCAGGCGUACCGAUAGCGACUUCGUAUCGGCAAAGAGAAGGUAUGGCCGCACCGAAAUCGCUUUCGGUCUACUCCUCUUGGUCCCAUAUGUUUUGGCGCGUGCUUUGAUUGUCAUCGAAGCGUUCAUCAGUCUCCGCAAGCUACCUGUCGAAGCAUAUCAGACCCCGCGUUGGUCGCAAUGGCUUCCGCACUUUGGCGCUGGCUGA